UAUAUCUUUUGUUUCAGUGCACUAAGUAAAAGUCGGGUUCGAUAUUCUAGCACAUCUUGUAAACUUCCGGCAGCAUGGACGGUUUCAGCUUAUUUCGAAAACUUGGAGUUGGUACAAAAUUUGAUUACCGCCGCUUUAAAAAAGAUGCACAAGUUUUAAAUCUUUUACCUUCCCAAAGUGUGCAGACUGUAUCGAAAAAUGAAAAUCAACGAGAAGAGACUGAAAAACUAGAUCUUGAUUCAGAGCAAGAAGUGGAGGAGGAGGAACAGGACAUGCCAGAGGAAACUGAGGACACGGUGGAAUCUGAUCUCACAGUUCUACAGGGAUUAAAGAAAAAGGGGGAGAAAGCAAGAACAAAGAAGUCCAAGCAGAGUUUUGCACAACGGAAACAAGAAAAAAUUAAUCAUAUCCGGAAUCAGAACAGGAUCCACUGCUUUGGGGAGGACCCCCCUGAUCCCUGUUCCAGCUUUGAACAGUUGGCAAGGACAUAUGAACUUAAUCCACAAAUAUUAGAGAACGUUGCAGCUGUAGGAUACACAAAACCAACUCCUAUUCAAAUGCAGGCCAUUCCAGCAAUGAUGCAAAGAAGGGAAAUCUUGGCUUGUGCACCUACAGGAUCUGGGAAAACUGCAGCUUUUAUACUUCCCAUCAUGCAUCAUCUGAAGGAGCACCAAAAGAAGGGGUACCGAGCUCUUAUACUGGCUCCGACCCGAGAAUUAGCAAAGCAGAUAUACAGAGAAUUCCUAAGGCUAUCUGAGGGUGUAGGGCUUAAAGCACAUUACAUUAACAAGGCAACCACAGAAAAACAAGUCAGACAGUUUGAUGUUUUGGUUUCUACACCUAAUAGAUUAGUGUAUAUGCUUCAGCAAGAACCUCCCCAUAUUAAUCUCAGUCAUGUAGAGUGGCUGGUGAUUGAUGAAUCUGAUAAAUUAUUUGAGGAUGGAAAAACAGGCUUUAGAGAACAGUUGGCUAAGGUUUACCAAGCUUGUGACAGCAAUAACGUAAAGAGAGCAAUGUUUAGUGCCACUUUUGCCGUGGAAGUAGAGGAAUGGUGUAAGCUGAACUUGGAUAAUGUUUUACAAGUUUACAUUGGAGCCAAGAAUUCUGCUACAACAACCAUUGAACAGGAAUUAAAAUUUGUGGGAACAGAAGCUGGGAAAUUAUUGGCUGUCCGAGAUAUUAUAGGAAAGGGAGUGCAGCCUCCAGUCCUGAUAUUUGUACAGUCAAAGGAGAGAGCACGAGAACUCUUUCAUGAAUUGAUUUAUGACGGCAUGAAUGUAGAUGUUAUACACAGUGAUCAGACUCAGGAGCAGAGAGAUAGUGCAGUUACAAAUUUCCGCUCUGGAAAAACCUGGAUAUUGAUUUGCACAGAGCUGAUGGGAAGAGGAAUUGAUUUUAUUGGCGUUAAUUUGGUUAUUAACUACGAUUUUCCCAACAGUGCUAUUAGUUACAUCCACAGAAUAGGCCGCACUGGUCGAGCGGGGAGAUCAGGAAAAGCCAUCACGUUCUUCACAGAAAUUGACUCUGUUUACCUCAGGAGUAUUGCAAGAGUAAUGGUGAAUGCUGGGUGUCCGGUGCCAAGUUAUAUGUUAGACAUAAGACGUCCAAACAAAAAAGUAAGGAGAGCAGCAAAAAGAGUUCCCAAGCGAGACCGGAUAUCAACUGUAUCACAGUAUGACAUUGAUAAAAUAAACAAAAAAAGGAAAUAUACUUCAAAAGACAAAGGUAGACCAGUGAAACGAGUAAAACUGAAAAAAGAUCAGAAUAAGAGUUGAGUUGGACAACUGCUCUGUUGGAAUCAAUGUAGAGCCAAGGAUUUGGGUUUAAUGGUGUUGAAUUUUCAUUACUACCUACUGGAACUUUUAACAAGACUGUUAUUAGAGGAAAUACAUAACCUUGAAAA